CCUGUUUACAGCCUCCCAAGUGCUGGGAUUACAGGUCAUUUCUGAACAGUAGAGAGUUGUGAGUACUUCGUUAAAUAGUCAGUUCCAGAUCCUGUUAUCAGAUCCUCUGUUGCUGUUUCAAGUGGUAACAGACAAACAGUAUUUAUUUUAUUUUAAAAGAUGAGUGUAACUAGCACUGCAUUAAGAGUUGAAACCUGGCUUUCAGCUACAUGGCAUGUUAAAGUACCUUUAGUGUGGUUGGAAGCAUGUAUUAACUGGAUCCUAGAGGAAAAUAAUGGUGUUAGUUUGAGUCAGGCACAAAUGAAUAAACAAGUAUUUGAGCAGUGGUUACUCACAGAUCUGAGAGACUUGGAACAUCCUCUUUUACCUGAUGACAUUUUAGAAAUUCCAAAAGGAGAACUGAGUGGAUUUUAUGCUGUACAGAUUAAUUCCCUGGUUGAUGUAAGUCAACCUGCAUAUUCUCAGAUACAACAGUUGAGAGGAAAGAAUACAACCAAUGAUCUAGUUACAGCUGAAACACAGGUUACCCCCAAGCCUUGGGAAGUGAAGCCUUCACGAAUGUUAAUGCUACAGCUAACUGAUGGAGUUGUACACAUUCAAGGAAUGGAAUAUCAGUCUAUUCCAGUACUUCGUAGUGAUCUUCCUCCAGGCACAAAAAUUUUGAUUUAUGGAAACAUUUCAUUUCGUCUUGGUGUUCUCUUAUUAAAACCAGAAAAUGUGAAAGUGUUAGGUGGUGAAGUAGAUGCUCUUUUAGAAGAAUAUACACAAGAAAAAGUACUUGCAAGAUUAAUUGGGGCAUCUGAUCAAAUAGUUUCAGUCAUACCAAAUAAUUCUAACCAAAACAUCCCCAGAGUUGUAGAUGUUAUAGAUCCUGUAUUAGGACCUUCUGAUGAAGAACUGUUGGCAAGUCUCGAUGAAAAUGAUGAGCUGGCAGCAAAUAAUGACACCUUGGAUAAAUGUGUCAACACAGGUAGUUCCUUGAACACUGUUCCUAUGAGACAGUCAAGUUUUGAAACAGCACUCAGUUCUCAAAGACCAAAGGAGAGACCACUGAACCCAUUUAUGCAUUGCACCCAUGGGGAAUUGGGUGACUUCUCAUUGGAGGAAGCCUUGCUUUUAGAAGAAACUGUCCAAAAGGAACAGAUGAAAACUAAAGAAUUGCAGCCAUUGACUUCGAACAGAAAUACAGAUCAAAGUAUGGAGAGAUUUGCACAUAAGCCUAAUAUGCUGAAUGAUUUUUCUUUGAUUUGCAAAUCAGGAAGUAAUUGGAAUGAAAAAUCUUUAUUUGAACAGAUGACUCAUGAAGAUAGGUCUUUUCACUGUUCAUCUGCUACAGACAAAAAAAGUGGUGUUUUUUCAGGACCAUGUAAUGUAUCAUUAAUGCAUAAUUUUACAGAUAAAGAUAAUUCAGAGACAGAUAAACUAAGACAAACUAUCAACAGUUUGGAUGGACAUUAUUUAAAUGAUAAAAUAUUAAAUAAAAUUGAAAGUUCACAAGUUUCUAAUGAACGUGGUCAUCACUUACAGGAUUGUUCUGUAAGAUCAGAGAGUAGCACUGAUCUUUCUGUUGGUACAGAUUUGUAUUCUCCACCCUUCACCUAUCUGUCUGUUCUCAUGGCCAGCAAACCAAAGGAAGUUACUACAGUGAAAGUUAAAGCAUUUAUUGUAACUUUAACUGGAAAUCUCUCAAGUUCUGGUGGCAUUUGGAGUAUAACUGCUAAGAUUUCUGAUGGCUCUGAAUAUCUAGAUGUGGACUUUGUAGAUGAAAUACUGACCAGUUUAAUAGGGUUUUCAGUACUAGAAAUGAAACAGUUAAAAAAAGAUCCUUCUAAAUAUAAAAAGUUUCUGGAAGGUUUACAAAAAUGUCAGAGAGAUCUAAUAGAUUUGUGCUGUUUGAUGACUAUUUCAUUUAAUCCUUCCUUGUGUAAAGCAAUGGUACUUGCAUUACAAGAUGUUAAUGUGGAACACCUUGAGAACCUAAAGAAGCGGAUGAAUAAAUAAC